UUGCGGCUACCGAACAAGCAGCAAGUGCGCACUCACGCGUUUAUUUCCCCCUGCAAGCAUGAGUCCGGAGGGGAGCUUGACUUCCAGCGUCACCGAGAACAGGAUGCAGUCGGUAGGCGUGGCGCUGGAGGAGCUGCUGGUGACGGCUCGGAAACAAGAGUGCCUGACCGUCGGCAUCUACGAGUCCGCUCAGUUUCUCAACACGGACCCGGACAGCGUGGUCCUGUGCGUGCUGGCCGCCGAUGGCGACGAGGCGGACGUGGCUCUGCAAAUCCACUUCACGCUACUGCAGUCGUUCUGCUGCGACAGCGGCAUCACCAUCCUGCGCGUGUCCGGCGUGCCGCGACUACGCCGGCUGCUCGCCAGCGUAGACGACGACGACGACAACCGCCGCCAGGACGGAGACAUACACUGCAUGCUGGUCACGAACCCCCAGGCUGACCACUGCCGUCUCCAGGAAGUUGGCAUCUACUGCCAGGAGAGCCUCCGCGUGGACCAAUGGGUCCCCGAGCUGGUCUUGCAAGAUCGUUGAAGGGAAGGAAAAAAAAAAAAAACACGGCGGAAGUGUGCCGCUUCGCUCCCAGAUGAACUUUGAGCCCGCACACACAAACAAGCGUGAAGCUGGAACUCGGGACGCAUGACAAAGCUGGACUAGGAGGAAAUUCCACACCAGGGCACGCUUUGCCGAGGAGCCGGCGCGGGCUCCGGCCGGCCCUGCCCCGGUGCGCGUUUCUGAGAAGCGAGACAGGAAUGCGGCGAUAAAGGCGCAGCAAUCCCGUGCGCUUUGACGCACACAAGAACUGAAAAGUGCAAUUUUAGUAGUCUGCCGUUUGCUUCGGUGCCUUCAACAUCCGGGAGCGUUAAAAGAGAAAUGUACUGGAACGAUGUUGCUGCCUGUUGGUUAUUUGACACAAAUAAAAAUGAUUUAUUUU